AUGUCCAAUUCAGACCACGAUGUGUCUGGAUCUAAUAGAUCUGGUGAUUUGGCUGUGCAUACUUCAAGGAAUCAAGAUGAUAGGAUGGAUGUUCAUGGCUCAGAUAACCCAGGUGUGAGCAUUGUUUCUAAGCUACUCGUUCCGGGAAAUUAUUUGUCUUGGAGUAAGGCUAUGCGCAUCAGUUUGAAGCCAAAUCGAAGUAUGGCUAUGUCGAUGGAAGUAUCGUGA